GUUCAAUAUAAUGACUACAAAACCUUUAUUGGAGACAUUGCCCAAAGAUUUCCAUAAAAUGCCACCAAAUUAUGAUUUCUCUCACAGAGGAAUUAACUGGAAAGAUUACGAAAAAGAUUUUGUAUUGAGAACAGAUGCUGUUUGGGAAAAGGAAUAAUUGAAAGAUUGGUUCAGAUUGUACACUAAGUGCUUCUAUUUUGAUACUACAGCUAACAAAUAUUCAUUAAUGGAACCAGAUGAUGUUUACACAAUAUUAUUCGAAGGAUGGGCAUUGGAAGAUUGUCUAUUUCCAUUCAGAGGUACUACACCAACAGGCAGAACUAACUGCUUUUAGGUUGGAUUACCUCCCAAGUAGAAGGUGUAUGUUCCUUAUCCUACUUAUUAAUCACAAUAAGAUUAUUUUACAUUGUGUGCUCUUAGAUUUUAGAAAUGGUUUGAUUGUGACUAGGCUGAACACUUCAAAAUGGAUAAGACAGAAGCUGAUUACUUGAAAAGAGCCAAAGUAUAUCCAUGUUACGCAAUGUAUUAUGAAGCAGCAUAUGCAUGCACAGACGAUAUGUUCGAUUUCUUAAUGGAAUUAGCUUAUACUAGGAGAUCAAAUAGAACUUUUGAGUACAAUCACUUCUAACAUGAAAUGCGUAGACCACCAACAAUCUAUGAUUCUCCUAAAAAUGCAGAGAGAAUCAAAAAAACAUAUUGAAAUAUCAUCACAGUAAAUAUAAUAAAUAAUUAUAAUGAUCUAAUAAUGCAAGUAUAAA